AUGUCGGAAAAGGAAACCAGUGGCGAUGUCUCGAUGGUCGAGGAUGUGGACCGUUCAGCUCUAACAAACGACGUGGAUAAAUUGCCCGAGCCUGGAUCUCCUGAGCGAGUGUUGGCUGAGCGCAAGCUGAUUAGGAAACUGGACAUGCGUCUCUUGCCCACUAUCUUCCUGAUCUAUAUCAUGAACUAUAUCGAUCGCAACGGCGUAACCACUGCCCGACUGAAAGGAAUGCAGGAAGACCUAAGAAUCAAUGACGUCCAGUAUGCUACUGUGAUCGCAAUUCUCUUCGCCUCGUAUUGCCCUGCGCAGAUUCCUUCGAAUAUGAUCUUAAAUAAAGUUAGCAGACCCUCGUUCUACAUUGGCGGUUGCACAGUGCUUUGGGGACUUACAAGCGCGUUGACUGGAAUUACGCACAACUUCGCGGGCAUCCUUGCCUGUCGCGUCUUCAUUGGGUUGCCGGAGGCUGCGUUCUAUCCUGGAGCGGUGUACUUGCUCUCAAGAUGGUAUACGAAGAAGGAAUUAGCCCUUCGAUCAGCGAUACUUUAUGCUGGUCUGCUUAUUUCAAACGCAUUUGGAGCUCUCAUGGCAGCUGGUAUUCUGGCCAACAUGGAAGGCAAACGAGGUAUUCGGGCAUGGCGAUGGUUGUUCUUCAUCGAAGGUGCUAUCACAGUUGUCGUUGGGCUUGGUAGCAUGUGGGCCUUACCGGACUAUCCCCACAACACACGCUGGAUGAACACAGCCGAGCUACGACUUGCACAGGCCCGCCUCUCCGAGGACGCAGGUGAGGCCGAUAAGGAUAAUGCGGAGGACUCCCAAUGGCAAGGUCUCAUAUUGGCCGUCAAGGACCCGAAGGUUCUUAUCUUUGCUCUCAUGUCAACAUCGCAACUCCUCGGUUUGAGCUUUGUCAAUUUCUUCCCGACGUUAACACAAACACUUGGAUUCAACACCACCGUUACUCUCCUUUUGGCUGCCCCUCCGUGGAUUCUUUCUUCGGUUAUCUGCUGCUUGAAUGCGUGGCAUGCUGAUAAAGCGGGAGAGCGGUUCUUCCAUAUCGCCGGAUGGUGGUGGGGUGUCAUUUUGGGAUUCGUGAUCGCGCUGUCCACGAUGUCAACAGCUGGCCGAUACGUCUCGUUGUUCCUGAUGGCUUUUGGGUAUGUUGGGUUUGCUAUGACUCUCGUCUGGGUGUCGAACGCAGUUCCUCGGCCACCCGCCAAACGAGCAGCCGCGAUCGGAUUCGUCAACGGAUGCGGAAAUCUAGGCAACUUAAUGGGGUCGUACACAUGGAAGUCUGCAUGGGGUCCCAAGUACCAUCAAUCUAUGGGCAUCUCGUUUGGAGCUCUCGUGAUUAGCACCAUCCUUUCAUUCAUCAUUCGGCAAAUGCUAGUCCAUGAGAACCGUAAACUGGACGCGGACGAGAAGGCUGCAAUGGAAGGCGUGAACCGCACCCGUGUUGAGGAAGCGGCGAGGUUAGAGGGCAUCACAUUCGAAGAGGCGAUGGAGAGGAGGAAAGGGUAUAGGUACCUGUAUUGA